CGGGCCGGCCGGGGGACAGGAAAGCUGGGGGACGGAUGUCGCACGUUCUGUCUUCCCUGGGGCCUGUCCGAGGGCCAGAUGGACAAGAAACAACUCUGGUUUGCCAAUUUGCCCACAGGACGAGUUCCCAGGGCGAUUUAUGGUUCGGCGGUGACAUUCUCGCCUUCACCGUGCCGCUAGUUUCCUUGCAGCUCAUCGUCGUCUUCGUCCUCUCCAGCUCCGUCUGGUUCCUCAUGAAGCCUUUCCGACAGGGCCUCAUUAGCGCGCAGAUCAUCGCGGGGAUCAUUAUAAGUCACUCCUUCUUCGGGCAAGUUGGAGGAUCCCUAUUCUCGGAGAAGCUGUUCUCAUCUCGGGCAAAAUGGAUGCUCGAAACAUCGGCCAACAUGGGAUUGAUGUUCUACAUGUUCAUCCUCGGUGUCCAAAUCGACCUCAAGCUGUUGCGCAAGCUCAACAAGAACGCCGUCGUGAUUGGCGCUUCGGGUUUCCUCCUCCCUCUAAUAGCCGGCUUGACAUCGGUCAUCGUCGCCUUCCAAAUCAAGGGCCUCCACGCCUCCGUCAUGCAGUCGCUCCCCAUCGUCGCGUCCAUGAACGCCAUCUCGUCGUUCCCUGUCAUUACAAGUGUCUUGUCCGACCUCAACAUCCUCAACUCGGACAUCGGCCGCAUCGCCACCCUCGCGUCCCUCGUCAGCGACAUUUGCAACUACAUCCUCUCGUUCGUCCUCGGCACCGUCGCCAUGUGCGUCGCGACGAAGAAGCUGGCGGCGCUGCUGCCCGUGCUGUCUGUCGUCGUCUUCUUCUUCGUCAUUCUGCUCGUCCUUUGCCCGAUGAUCAUCUUAUCCGCCCGCCAGGCGGCCAAGAACGGGCAGCAGCUCAAGCAGACUGAGUUUCUGUUGAUCGUGCUUAUGGUCAUGGUUUGCGGUCUUGGCGCCCAACUUAUAGGGCAGCCGGCCGAGCUUGGAACGUUUGUUUUAGGUGUGCUCAUCCCCGACAACAUCGGGAGCGCCUUUCUCGGAAAGAUGGAUAUUAUUACAUCCGGCUUGCUAGUCCCGGCCAAAUUCAUGAUCAUCGGGAUGAAGAUCAACAUCUUGGAUGUGAAGAUGGCUUCCGGGGCGGUCAUUGAGAUGGUUAUUUUGAUAUCGUAUACGGUAAAGUUUGCAACGGUGUUUCUUUUAGGUCGUCGUUACAAUAUCCCGGCGAGGAAUGCCGUAUGCCUUGGCCUUAUUAUGUGUUGUAGAGGAGUCAUCGAGGCUACGCUAUCUAGCACCUUAGAGGAGGACGGGGUGAUAAACGCGGAAGCGUACACUCUUAUACUACUGUCGAUGCUGAUUGUCACCGGAAUAGCGAGGCCUCUUAUCGCAUUCUUGUACGAUCCUUCGGCUAAGUACCUCGGCCACCACAACAAUUGCACCGAUCUCCUCAAGCACCAUAACAAUAGAGCCGAUUUACGCGUGUUGGUUUGCCUCCACAACGCGGAGAGCGUGCCCACACUCAUCGAUCUGCUCACGGCCACGAGUCCAUCUCUACCCGACCAGACCACGUCGGUCUUUGUCCUAAACCUCGUCGAGCUAAAGGGCCGGGCCUCAUCAGCCUCCAUGCUCGAAGCCAACACGGGAAGAGGCCAACUCACCGUGUCCAAAUCAUGGUCGAGACACGUGAAGAAAGCGUUCGACUUGUUCGCGGAUCGACACCGAGAAAGCGUCAAUGUCCGCCACUUCACAUCAGUGACGCCGUUCUUGAGCAUGCACGACGACAUUUGCUCGAUGGCGCUCGAGGAGAAGGCCAACAUCGUCGUCGUACCCUUCCACAAGCAAUGGACGAUCAACGGCGGCAUCGGAACCAACUCGCACUCCGUAAGAACCGUCAAUUACAACGUCCUCUCUAAGUCCCCGUCCUCCGUCGGCAUCCUCAUCGACCGCGGAUACAUUUCCCGGAAUCAGCGAGUCGGCGCCCACCUGACGCUCUUCCAAGUCACCCUACUCUUCCUUGGCGGCGUCGACGACUGCGAGGCCUUAGCCUUCUGCUACCGCUUCGUUGGAAAAUCGAACGUCUGGCUAACGGUGAUUUGGAUUCGCGGCGACGACGACGAGAGAGAGAACAUAUCCCGGGAGGAUAUAGAGAUGCUCAACAAAUUCAGAGCAGCAACAAAUGGACAUGGAAAUGUAAUAUUUCGAGAAGAGAGAGUUAAGGAUGCAAUAGGGACGACGCAAGUGAUAAGAUCGAUGGACGAGAGAUACAACAGCAGUAGCUGUUACAGUAGUAGUUACAGUAGCUGCAAUGGCGGAAGCGCGUGUGAUUUGUGCGUAGUGGGGAGGCACCACGACCCGAAUUCGACGAUGGUUCAGGGGCUAAUGGAGUGGAACGAGCUUCCGGAGCUCGGGCUGAUCGGGGGGAUGCUGGCGAGUCCUGACUUUUAUUUCUCGGUCUUGGUGGUUCAACGAGAGCCGCGCCAGACGGCUUCCGAGAACAAGGAUGUUCUGCGCUCUAUUUCUUGCAUGUAUCGACAGCCUACUACUGCCAAUUAUAAUAUUAAUAACGACUACCCGCCGCACCGUCGCCCGGCUUCUUUCAUGCUAAGGUAGCUAGCUAGCUACUUUACUUUUUUGAAGAAACCAAUAUGUAGGUUUUAUUUAUACAAUACAUUAAUUAUUUUAUCUUUUUAUA